UCUUGUAUUAUGAUGCACUUUGAGCUUGUAUUGAGGCUGCUAUACAAAUUAAGAUUACUGUUAUUAUAAUUAUUUUUUUCAUUUAUUUAUUUAUUUUUUUUACCACUAGCCCCCACCCCCUCCUGCAUAGAGCAUUGUUAGCAGGAGAAGGAAGGGAAGCAUCAGGCCAGUUUUAAUGAGACAUAACAUGCUUUAAAACUGAUGUCACAUAAGCUGUGAUGUCAUCAGUGAUAUGGAAUGUAGCUCUCAACAGGUGAUGUCAGCAGUGAUGUCAGCAGCUGCCUUUGAUGUUGGAUUCUAGGUAAGUAGCUUUAUAACAAAGCAUUUACCUUGUAUUAUCAAGUCUGUGAAGACAAGUACUACAAAAGUUCCCUUUUCACAAACUUUUUUUUUUUUCCAAACUGUUUUCUGUUGCCCUGUACUCCAAUAACCGAGGACCAUGAAAAAGGCAUCCGGCAAAACGACCUCAAAGACCAGACAGUACCGGUACCGCACAGUGGCCCCUACCUCUCAGGUGGACGAAACCCUGUUUGGGAACCAAAAAGCGAGACCACCAGACAAGUCCAAGAAAUACCAAAAAGGUGAGACUAUUCAAAUCAUCACCAGGGACCAAAUUCGCAGUAUCAAGAUCCCGAGGGAUCCUUCAGACUCCAUCAAUCUUCCAUCAGCUGAGUUUAAGAGAAUCAUCUCAGCAUCCCAAGUUACGACAAAGGAGGAGACUGAGGCCUUGAAGGAAGCUUAUCGGAGGAAGAAAGAGGCAGAAUUCAAAGCUGCAGAGGAAAGGAAGCGCCAACUCUAUGAGAUAGACCUGUCCCGUACAGAGAACCCCGCCCUGGCUGACCUGGAACGAGAUGCCCAGAAAUGGUCGGAAUACUUGAUGAAGCGGGUCAACGCUGAGAUGGAACAAGAAGAAGAGAUCAAGAAUCUCAACAAGCUGAUCCUGAAUGCUCAGUGCCAAUCAAUCCGCGAUCAACAGAUCCAGGAGAAGAAAAAGAUCCAGGCAAAGUUGUCAAAGGAGGAGAGGCGUCUUGAUGCCAUGAUGGAGGUGGACCGCCUCAAGGCCUUGGAGACCGAGGGUCAGAUUGAGGAGCUGCAGAAAAAGCAGAGGGUCAAAGGAAUGCAGCAACUUCACCAUCAGAUCCAAGUACGUCUGGAGGAGAAGCAACUGCAAGACGUGACAAAAGAGUUAGAGAGACAGCACAUGCAAGAGACCCAGGAGAAAAUGAACCUGGAAGACCUCGAGGCCUUGGAGAAGAGGAAGCUGCAGCAGCAGCGUUUGCACAUGGAGGUCAUGCGAAUCAAUGCUGAGAAUAUUCAGGCCAAGGAGCAGAGGAGAGAGGAGGAGAGGCUGGCUGACUUGAGAAUUAUGGAAUACAACCAAAGGAAACUGGAGCAGGAGGCUGAAUAUGAGGCGGAGCAGAAACGUGUCAAGAGGGAGAAAGAGUCGGUGAUAUCCAGGCUGAGGACCCGGCAGGAGAAAGUCAAAGAUUACAUGGCAGAGCAGAAUGAACGCCACGCUCGCAGGAUCCAAGAAAUCAGCGACAGACAAUGGAGGAGAGAACAGAAAGAGCUGGCUCUAAAGAAAGCACAAGAAGAAGCCAUGCUGAGGGCAGCUCGCAUGGAGCAGGUUCACUGCAAAGAGCGCUUCCUGUCCAUGGAGGCUGGCCGGGAGAGGGCCGACUUUAACAGGGUGCUGAAAGUGCAAGAGCAGGCACUAGUCAGACAGAAGGAGAUGGAGGAGAAGCAACGUGAGAAAGCGCUGCGUCAUGCAGACACGAUCCGACAACAGAUAAGGGAACAUGAGCUCUCAGCCAUCGCCAAGCGCAGAGAGAUCUUCCAGCAGGCGCAUGAGCUGACCAAUGAAGACCAUGAAAGACUUGUGCGCCUCAAUGAGGUCAAAGAGACGAAGCUGAAGAAGCUCAGGACCAUGGGACUCUCUGAAAAAUGCUGCAAGGAAGUGGAGAGGAAGGCAAGGGACUGCACACAGAAACCCCAGUGUGAGGAACAGCAGAAUCUGCCAAUGAUGCAUAAGAAAAGCAGUGAGGCUGACCUGAGUACAACCUUCCUCCCACCCAUUUCCAAUCCAGCUAAAGACACCGUCCGUAACCUCCAGUACUCUGACUCAAACACCUGCCUCCCGCCCAUCCGAAAUGCUUUACCACAGAGGUCCAGAAACCAAUGAUCUGGACCAGCCUAAUAUCCCACACCCUUUCCCUUCCUUACCCUCCAACAUUUCCCUUCUCUUUCUCUUUCAUUCCUUUUAAACUUUCCUAAGUGGGUUUUCUCCAGAAAGUUGACUCUUUUUUUUAAGUUUACUAACAUGAAUGAAACUUUAAAUUUGCAAAAACAAAAUCAGCUUUCACUAACAACAGUAUGCAUGCAUAAAUAAAAAAUAA